CGUGACCCUCGGGCCCGGAUCGUCCCCUCGUUCCGCUUGUGGUUCCUGUCCCCGCUCGGGCCGGACCUGCCGCGCCCGGAGGCUGAGGGUUUUCAUAAAAAGCUUCCAUCUCCUGUCUGCAAGCUGAAGAAUUUAAGCUGUGAGGGUUGCUUUGGCAAAAUUUAGAACUGAAGUGCCACCUGGCUGUUUAAAUGAUGCUGUCCAAGGAAUGCAAGAUUGAGCUUGUGUCAGCGAAGACUAAAUAUAUUCUUAACUAACAACUAUGAAGUUUCUGCUGGUUUUUGACUUUGACUGUACGGUCAUAGAUGAAAACAGUGACACCUGGAUUGUGAAGUGUGCUCCUGAGGAAAAACUGCCUAACAAACUAAGAAACUCCUAUCAAAAAGGACAUUGGACAGAAUACAUGAGCAGGGUCUUUAGAUAUUUGGGAGACAGUGGAGUAAGAGAAGAUGAGAUGAAAAGAACUAUGACAACAAUUCCUUUCACUACAGGAAUGAGAGAUCUUUUAGAUUUUAUUGGCAAGAACAAAGAUUUCUUUGAUUGCAUAAUAAUUUCAGAUUCUAAUACAGUAUUUAUUGACUGGAUUUUAAAAGCUGCUAACUUUCAUGAAGUGCUUGAUGAAGUGUUUACAAAUCCUGCAACUUUCAGUGGCGCUGGUUAUCUUACUGUGCAGAAUUUUCACACUCAUCAUUGUGCAAAGUGCCCUAAAAACCUCUGCAAAAGAAAAGUGUUAGAAGAAUUUGUAGAUAAAAAGUUACAGCAAGGAGUAAAAUAUACAAAAAUUAUAUAUGUAGGUGAUGGUGGGAAUGAUCUCUGUCCAGUAACUUCUUUAAAGAAGGAUGAUAUUGCUAUGGCCAGACAAGGAUACACAUUAGAGAAAAUGAUUUCUCAGAUGUCUGAGGAUCUUGAUCCUGUACAGUCUUCUGUUCUAGUUUGGUCAUCGGGUAUUGAAAUUCUGUCUCAUUUGAAAUUACUUAUAAAGGAGUAACUCAAACUAUAGAGAUGGGUAAAGGUGUUUUAUCUUGUGUGGAGUGAAUAAUGGUAACCAUAUCUGUCUCAAAGCACACAAUUACAAUGUUGGGAUGCUAUUAUCUGAAACUAAGGCAUUGAAAUACAGGCUAUAAAGUAUUGUGUUUACUCUUUACUGUAGUGGGAAAGUGAGCAUGUUGAAACAGAUUAUUUAUUAAUGGAAAAUUACUUAGUAUGAG